AUGUCCAAGACGCUGCGCCGGCGGCGGCACUGGCUGAGUCGGGCUCAGGACGUCACGGUGACCGGGGAGGCGGGGGCCGCGCUGCUGCUUCGCGGCGGGGCUGAGCUCGGGCACUUCCCCUUCCUCGGCCCCGUGAGCGGCCCCGGCCCCGCGCCCGGAGACAUCCUCCUGGAGGUCAACAACACCCCGGUCAGCGGCCUGACCAGCCGGGACGUCCUCGCCGUCAUCAGGCACUUCCCCGAACCCGUGAGGGUCCGCACCGUCAGACCAGGCCGAAUCAUAAAUCGGGAUCUUCGACACUACCUCAGUUUGCAGUUCCAGAAAGGAUCAGUAGACCAUCAUCUUCAGCAGGUCAUCCGUGACAAUCUGUACCUGAGAACAAUUCCAUGCACCACCAGGGCUCCAAGGGAUGGUGAGGUGCCUGGAGUUGAUUAUAACUUUAUUUCUCUUGAAGAGUUCAAAGUGCUAGAGGACAGUGGAGCACUUUUAGAAAGUGGGACGUUUGAUGGUAACCUCUAUGGGACCCCAAAGCCCCCCGCUGAGCCGGGCCCUUUUCAGCAGGAUGUAGUUGAUCAGGUUCUUCUUGAAGACGGCUUGGAAGAGGCACAAAGAAAACGGACGAUGUCUGUCAGCAAGAUGGACAGACUUGAGGCUGUGCUCCCGGAGGAUGAUGAUGAUGAGAGGCCCAUCGUCAAUGGCACUGCUCCGGCAGACUGGAAAAGCGUCCCAGUAUCCAGCCAUCCUGAUGGUUCAUCAGACUUCCAGUAUCUUGAUACAUUAACCAGAGAAGAAGCCUUAGAACCCUUGCCCAGAAACUGGGAGAUGGCUUACACUGACAAUGGAAUGGUCUACUUCAUUGAUCACAACACCAAGACAACAACAUGGCUGGAUCCUCGGCUUGCCAAGAAAGCCAAACCUCCUGAGGAGUGCAGUGAAGGCGAACUUCCAUAUGGCUGGGAGAAGAUCAUUGAUCCCAUUUAUGGGACUUAUUUUGUUGAUCACGUACAUCAGAAAACUCAGUUUGAAAAUCCUGUUAUUGAAGCAAAACGUAAGAAGCGUCUGGGACAACAACAUGAGGGUCAGGACAAUGGCUCCAGAGGACGUCAGCCAGAGAGACCUAUGUUUACUCGGGACCCAUCACAGCUACAGGGGAUGCUAAUCAGGACAACUUUACAAAAGAGUGAAAUGGGGUUUGGGUUCACAAUCAUUGGAGGCGACAGCCCGGAUGAGUUCCUACAGGUGAAGAAUAUUAUUGAGGGGGGUCCAGCUGCUGAGGAAGCCAGCAUGCUUCCAGGUGACGUUAUUGUGUAUAUAAACAGCACAUGUGUCCUCGGCCAGACUCACGCUGACGUUGUGCAGCUCUUUCAGUCUGUUCCUAUAAAUCAAACUGUCAGAUUGAUUUUAUGUCGAGGUUACCCACUGCCCUCUGACGCCGAGGAUCCAACUAUUGAUCCAGCAACUGCUACACCGAUCAUUGUUGGACAGUCUGUGAUGCAUUCUUUACAAGGAAAUCAAACCACUUCCGAGCCAAAUGACAAGCAGCCCUUGGGGCAGUGUAAUGAUCAUUUGAAUGGCCCUUAUUUAGGCCUAACUGAAGAUCGAAUAUCCAUGGUCACCUCUGGAAGCUCUCAGGCUGAGGUGUUGACUAUUCCUCUUGUGAAAGGACCAAAGGGUUUUGGCUUUGCAAUAGCUGACAGUCCAGGAGGGCAGAAAGUGAAGAUGAUCUUGGACAGUCAAUGGUGUAAAGGUCUUCAAAAGGGUGAUGUAAUCAAGCAGAUUCAGCAUCAAUGUGUGCAGCAUCUGGGCCAUGUCCAGGUGGUGGAGAUCCUGAAGGAAUGGCCGGUUGGAAGUGAGAUAUCUUUACUGGUCCACAGAGGAGGGCAUUCUUCACCCAUUAAGGUUAUAAAGCCAACUUCAGACCAAGAACAGAAGCUGGGGAUGUGUCAGACCCUUCCUCACGGUCCCCCGAUCCCACAACCUCUGCCCUUCCCACCGAAUGUUGUAGGGCCUUCCUCCCCUAAACGUGAUCCCACUGAGCUCUAUGUACAGUCCAAAAACAUAUAUGACAGCAAACCUCCAAACACUGUGGACAUUGAUAUAUUUCUCCGGAAGCAAGAGAGUGGAUUUGGCUUCCGAGUGCUUGGUGGGGAUGGACCAGAGCAACCGAUUCUAAUUGGAGCCAUUAUUCCACUGAGUGUUGCUGAGAGAGAUGGGCGGCUACGCGUGGCUGAUGAGCUGCUGUAUAUUGAUGGUGUUUCAGUGAAAGCAAAGCCUCAUCGAUUUGUAUUGGAUUUGAUGCAAAAUGCUGCUCGAAAUGGUCAGGUGCUGCUUUCAGUCAGAAGGAACCUUCAUUGCCCUGAAGAUCAACAGGAAGCUCUGAGAGAGUGUGGUUCAGAACCUGUUGGGAAUGGCUCCCCGAGAAUGAACCACGCAGACCUUGCACAGAGGCUGUCUAAAGCAGUCGCUUUGUCUCAGGCCUACAGCGUUGUCCUACAACGGCAGGAACACGAAGGGUUUGGAUUUGUCAUCAUCACCUCGAAAAACAGGCCCCCUACAGUUGCGGUGCCGCAUAAAAUUGGGCGCCUAAUUGACGGGAGCCCGGCCGAGCAUUGUGGGAGACUGAAUGUUGGGGACCGUAUCUCGGCUGUGAAUGGACAGUCCAUUAUCCACAUGCCCCACCAUGAGAUUGUUCAACUGAUCAAGGAUGCUGGACAGAAGGUGACUCUCACUGUCAUCCCUGGGGAAGAUUUAAAUGGCCCUCCAUCAGGGGGAAGCUCAGCGAGACAGAGCCCUGCACUGCAGCAUAAGCCCAUGGGACAGAUACCUGCUCUUCAAGUUCCAACACAAGAAAACAGCAGCAUUGUGGAAGGAGAUGAAAAGAAAAAUGGAGAGCCUCUUGUUUUUGACUAUAUGAAACCACCAUCAAUGGACUACAGGCGGCCACCAUGUGAGCAGUAUGCUCACACAGCACCUGACAACAGACAGCUGAGGGAGACGGGAACCAGACAGCCUCAGAAUCUCAAUUGCUUUGCUUUGGAACUUGAAAGAGGUACCAAAGGGUUUGGGUUCAGUGUACGAGGAGGCAAGGAGUACAACAUGGGACUGUUCAUCCUGCGCCUCGCAGAGGGAGGUCCAGCACUGAGCGAUGGCAGAAUACAAGUUGGUGAUCAGAUUGUUGAAAUUAAUGGAGAGUCGACCCAAGGGAUAAGCCACAAACGUGCCAUUGAGCUAAUCCAGGCCGGAGGCAGCAGAGUGCAACUUGUUCUGAAGCCAGGCACAGGUCAGGUGCCCAACCUUGACGAUUUAGAAACUCUGAGCACUCCAUCUUCAAGCUUGCAAGAACUACCCACAUCACAGGAGAAGCAGUCAGCAAUUUCAGUGCAUCUGUCUUCCACGGCCCCGAUUCCCCCGGCAGAUCCUGAAGAGGUUGAUCCUGAAGAGGCUUUUGAAAAAGAACCAAAAUUGGUAAUGGCAAAGGAACCCAGUGGUGUCCAAUCCUGGGACAUGGCCAAAGGCAGACUCCGAGCAGCUAGCCCCAGAAACGUUCAUGAUAAAGAUCAAUCUGAAGUUGAAAAGGAUAAGUUAAUCAAACACAAGAAAAUUGAAUCCAGCACAAAGAAGCAGCUGGAUAUCUGUGACGGGGAGCCAGCAGCAGUAAAAGACACACUAGCCAGCCCAAGAAGAGCUGACAAAAAUACAAAGGAAACUAUUCAAGAGGGCUCAGUUAGCCCAAGGAAGACAAAUAAGAAAAAUAACUGUAAGAUGGAAAGGUCUGUAAGUCCAGGUAGGAAUGUCUCCAAAGACCUACCAGAAAACAACCAAGAUUUGGUUAGUACCAGGAUUCAUGAUCCAACAAGAGGCAGAUCAAGCAGUCCCAGGAAGGGGUGCAGGAAGAACACGCACAUUGUCCCACAGCAAGAUGUGGAAAUGAAAUCAACAGAAAUUGGAGACAAAAUAUCCAGCUUAACUGUGAUAGAUAAAACUGGUCAUUCUGAAAGGCUGAGAGAGCGAUCAAUCAGUCCAAGGAAACGUGGAUUAAAGCACCAGCAUUCCAGCAAGCAACCUCCUGACAGAAUAGGAAGAACCACAGAAAACAGAAUAGUUGCCUCAAAUACAAGCACUGAUACUGGAGGGAAGACUAAUGAAAGGGAAAAAAAUCCCCAGUGUUCUGGGUCACACUUAGAGCUGGACAAAGUGAAGCUAUCCAAUGACAAUGCAGAACAUGCUGUGAAGGAAAAGCUCAGCUGUUCAGCAGCAGCGACUGGCAAUUGCACCUUUGUCACCAAGAACAAGGGUCUAGAAACAAAAGUAGAAACGAUAAAGACUGAAAGGGAGAAAGAAAGAAUCACUGAUGGAAUCCAUUCUGACAUUCGAGCUGGAGUCAGGAAGACACCAAUAACUCCUGGACUUUGGAAGAAACCAGAUGCCAAUAAGUAGUCUGUAACAGAGCCACAAAAUACUUGUAAUUGUGUUCAGUUCUCUUUGUAAGCAUCUUAUUUAAAGUCCUCUAGGUUCACCUGAAGUUGCACUAAGUUUUCCAUAAAACAUGAAGGAUUAUUUGGAAUAUUUCACCUGAGCUGUGAAUGUGAACAUGGUUUUAGUUUCAGCAGUUUGUGUCACAUGAAGAAAUUGCAUCACCUUUGAGGGUUGUGGGGCUUUGCUCCAGUCCUGUUUUUUUUAAAUAGAAUUCCUUGUAUUUCUCUCAUUCUACACUGAUUGUUGCUGCUGCUGCUCUGUGUGAGAAUUGCAGACUGUAAUGGUUAAGUUGUGGAAUCUCCUGACCACAGACCAUGAUCAGAACUGGAAUGUUUAGAAACAGAAGCAGUAGUUAAUGUGCUUCUCCUGAAGUGUUCAUGUAAAACAAGCAUCUUUUUAUCUGUGAUAUACUCGUGUAAGUAGCAGAACAGCACAAGCAGCUGUCGGUCUCCCAUUGCUGUGCUCAUUUGAAAUCAACACUAUUUCAAGAAUUAAAACACUCCAUACUUAACCAGGA